GAGAGAGAGAAUAGAAACCCAAAACCAGAUGCAGACUGACUGCGUGUGAAAGUUAUACUAACAAUUUAAUUUAUUUAACAAAUAUAUAUAUAAAUAAAGAUCUAUUACAAGAAACAAAAUAUAUACAUAUAUAUAUAUAUAUAUGCACAUAUAAGUAGUUAAAAAUCUCAUCUUUUCACACUAGAAAACCCGAUCGGGUAAACCAAGUCGGCAAGGGUUUCUUGAAUUUGUGUGUAUAGUGUAGAUAGAUUAUAUAUAUAUACAUACAUAUAUAUAUUUGUAUAGCUAUUUUUACAUAUAAAUUGUGUUUGUGUUUACAAUGGAGAUGCAGCAAUCGGAUCCGGUUACAGAAUGGAACUCAUCUGGUGACAAAACAGGGUUAGAAGAACCCAUGUGGCAAUUAGGGUUAGGAGAUGAGCCUGAUUCGUACCCUGAAAGACCGGAUGAGGCUGACUGUAUUUAUUAUCUGAGGACAGGGUUUUGUGGCUAUGGUUCGAGGUGUCGGUUUAACCAUCCUCGUGAUCGUGGCUCGGUUGUUGGAGAACUGCGGGGUAGUGGAGGGGAGUAUCCCGAGCGAAUUGGUCAGCCUGUGUGUCAGUACUAUAUGCGAACGGGAAUGUGCAAAUUUGGUACUUCCUGCAAGUAUCAUCAUCCUAGGCAGGGAAUUGGAUUGUCAAGUACAGUCGCACUAAAUGUAUCUGGAUAUCCACUUCGUCCGGGUGAAAAAGAGUGUUCGUACUAUCUCAAAACAGGGCAAUGUAAGUUUGGCGUCACCUGUAAAUUUCACCAUGCUCAGCCUACUGGCAUGGUACCUUCACCACCACCAGGAUUGCCAGCUGGAUCAUUAUCUCCCAUUCCUAUUUACCCAAAUGCACAGUCUCCUGUUGCCUCUAAUGUCUCUAAUCAAUCAUAUGGGGUGUUAGCCAGCAACUGGCCUGUUGUAAGGCCCCCUCUUCUACCUGGAUCGUAUCUUCCAGGGACUUACAGUCCAAUGUUGGUUCCUCCUGCAAUGGUUCCUUUUCCAGGUUGGAAUCCUUACCAGGCAUCAGUACACCCUGCAGCCUCUCCUAAUACACAGCCUAUUCUUGGAGGUCCUGCUUAUGCAAUGACUCAAUUAUCUUCUUCGAUUCCUUCUUACCCUUUAACUAAAACUCAAAAGGAGCAUGCCUAUCCGCAAAGGCCCGGUGAAGCUGAAUGCCAAUUUUACAUUAAGACUGGGGAUUGUAAAUUUGGUUCCUCGUGUAGAUACCAUCAUCCACCAGAAUGGACUGUACCUAACACAAACUUUGGCCUUAGCCCCAUGGGACUUCCUCUUCGUCCAGGUGCUGCUCUAUGUACACAUUAUGCUCAAAACGGGGUUUGUAAAUUUGGGCCAGCAUGCAAAUUCAAUCACCCAAUGGGAACCCUAAGUUAUAGCCCGUCUGCAUCUUCGUUAGCUGAUAUGCCGGUUGCACCUUACCCUGUUGGAUCAUACAUAGGCACUUUAGCCCCGUCAUCCUCUUCAUCAGAACUAAGGCCCGAGUUCACUUCUGCUUCCACGAGUGACCAUCUCCCGAUCACCAUGCCAAGUGGCUCCAUUGGAUCAAGUUUUUCAAAGAACAUGCACAUAUCUCAAUCAAGUGGUAGCAGUAGUAGCACCCAUGGUGGUGAUGCUCAUUACUCAAACUGAGCAAAACCAUUUGAUCUUCUUUCCCUUUUGUUGUUGUGAGAAUGUGAGCCCUUUGAUUAGGACCCAAGUUCCUUUUUAGUCACUUGAUGGUUCGAUGACAAGGUCUAACAUCUGUUCACCGUGUUCAUAUAUCUAUAUGGCAUUCAUUUGAAUAUUUGAAUAAAGCCAUAAUCGAACCCUUGAAACAUUUAGGAAAACCCCCUCUCCAUUUCCAACAAUUAGCUCGUUAACUAGAGGAAAAAACCUACCCUGAAUCGGAAAAUGUGCUUAUUUCUUUAUUUUUGGAGGGUGUGUUUGUAUUUGUUGUAAAACUUUUUCAUCGUGAAAAAGAUUCAACCAUGUUCCCAUUUUGUGUUGCCAA